ACCCGGAUGGACGCUGGCGGCGCGCGCAGGAGCGGGUCAGCAAUGGGCCGUAAUUCAGCUUACACAGGAAAACGACAAGAUCCUAAAGCAGAUGGUUCCCCACCGAUUCCGUCAGUAAAUGAGCGCCUCGCUUUCCUCCGUCCUUCCCGGGAGCUGCUUGAGUAUUACCGUAAAAAGAUUGCAGAGUUUGAUGAAGAGCAUGAAACCCUCUUAAAAAGACUAGAGAGCUAUAAGGCCACAUAUGAAGAGCAGCAUAAACUCCAAUGGGAAAUGCGGCAGAGGGAAGAGGAAAUUGAGGAGCUGCAGAAAGCACUUAGCGACAUGCAGGUUUAUCUUUUUCAGGAACGUGAGCACGCACUGAGACUCUAUGCUGAAAAUGACCGGCUAAAAAUCAGGGAGUUGGAAGAUCGGAAAAAGAUGCAACAUCUCUUGGCACUUGUGGGCCCUGAAGCUGAAACAGUCACUUACUUUCACAGGGAGCCUCCACAUAAGGUCACUGUUCCACAACGUACUGUACAACAUGGCCACACUGAAGUUACGUCUUCAAAGAAGGGUCUUAAAAAAGUACCAUCAAAAAUGACCAGAGCUGUUAGUCCAACUAUCCCAGACAACUAUCAGAGAGAUAAUCAAACUCUGCUACUACAGGUUGAAGCCUUGCAGUCUCAGUUGCAGGAACAGACACAGUUGGCGAAAGAGCAAAUUGAUGCAUUGUUGGAGGAUCGAAGGAUUCGUAUGGAGGAGACACACGUGCAGCAUGAACGGGAUAAAGACAAAAUCAAAUCUCUGGCAGAGAAACUGCACAAAACUCAGAAUCUACUUUAUGAGAGUACCAAAGACUUCCUUCAGCUAAAAUUUGAGGGUCGAGAUGCCGAGAAAGUCUGGAUGGCUGAGAAAGAUCGUCUGUUACAGGAGCUGGACAGACACAAUGAGCUGAGAAACGGAGGUGGUGAUUCUGAAAUGCAAUUUCAACGAGAGUCACCAAUGGAACAUGAGAUACAAAGGAUACAGAGUGAAGAAAUAAAGUCACUCGAGGAGCAAGUAAACCAAGCACAUCGACUGGCAGAUAUGUAUAGAGAGCAGUGUGUGACACUUGAGAACGAUCUGGCACGAAUUCGGGAAGAAGGGGACGUUGGCCGUCAACUGUUUAAGGAGCGUUCUGAUAAAACAGUGAAGCGUCUUCAACUAAUGACACAACGAUAUGAGGCCCUAGAGAAGCGACGAGGGAUGGAAGUGGAAGGUUUUAAAAAUGACAUCAAACUGCUGCGACAGCGGCUGAAGGAUGUGGAGAGGCAGCUGUUCAAGGUAACACUUGGAAUUGGGCCUGACCAGGAUCUUGCUAUCCUUCAUGAGGUGCGUCGAACAGUCAGUCAGUCAAGGCAGAUCCAAGGAGAGCUCAAGAAUCUGAAGGCGAAGAUUUAUGGCUUAGAAAAUCAGUUGCGAUUUGGCUAACAUUUUCUCAUCGAGGGUUCACCACAUUUGUUUAAAUGUGGGGUCUGGCUGUGUCAGUAGCAUUAACACAGCAGUAAAGUGAUCCACCAUAGGGUAUGAUUUAUUUAUCACCAAAUAACAUAAUGUGGUUUUGCCAGGGUUGCUGCGAGGCAGACAGAGGAUGCCAUGUUCUACUUUGUUUCUUCAGAGUGAAGGAUGGCUCACAUUGAAUGGUUAGUCAAGCUUGUUAAACUUCACUCAGUUUCUUUUUAUUUCUUUUUUUUUGUCAAUUCCUGUAAGAGUAGUGGGGAUGGAAGCAAUUUUUCAGGAAUUUAAUGAAGAUACUUUGGUUUUCCCUGAACUAUAAGUCUCUACAGGUCUAAAACAAAGGUCUGGCAGCAUUUGGAGAGAGAAAGCAAGAGAGAGAAAAAUCAAUGUUAGCACUUCAAGUUCAAUAUGACAUUCUGCAGGUUCUGGCCUGAAAAUGGUAAUUGUUUCCCUCCUUCCACAGAUGCUGCCAGACUAGUUGAGACUUUCCAGCACCACUGUUUUUAUUUCUGAUUGCCAUUAUAUGUAAUAUUUUGCAUUUUUUGGAAGCACUCUUGCGCAUUCAAAAGUGAUGCUUGGUGUGAUGAUCUGUUUCAGCUUUUGUGUUUGUUAAUUUGAAUUUCUUUGAUUUGCUUGAUGGUUUUACAAGUUUAGUUUCAAGGCAGCUGACCUUAACACAAUGUGGUACAGAGGCUUCAGACUCCUGGUGUAUCAGCAUCCUGUUCACAUUGGAUUGGAGCAGCCAGCUGUCUGUGCGUUGGGUUGGGGCGGCCAGCUGUCUGUGCGUGGGGUUGGGGCGGGCAGCUGUCUGUGCGUGGGGUUGGAGCGGGCAGCUGUCUGUGCGUGGGGUUGGAG